UGAGGGAUUGUACUCAUGUCUGGAAGAGGAGGAAAAAGCGGUGGGAAAGCUCGUUCCAAGGCGAAAUCUCGGUCGUCUCGGGCUGGCUUGCAGUUCCCGGUGGGCCGUGUUCACAGGCUCCUGAGAAAGGGUAACUAUGCUGAGCGUGUGGGUGCCGGAGCGCCGGUCUAUCUGGCUGCGGUGCUGGAGUAUCUGACGGCUGAGAUCCUGGAGCUGGCCGGCAACGCGACCCGGGACAACAAGAAGACCCGCAUCAUCCCCAGGCACCUGCAGCUGGCCGUGCGCAACGACGAGGAGCUCAACAAGCUGCUGGGAGGGGUGACCAUCGCUCAGGGCGGGGUGCUGCCUAAUAUCCAGGCCGUGCUGCUGCCCAAGAAAACUACCGCUGGGGGCGCCGCUAAAAAGUGAAGAGACCAUUCUUGAAUCUAACAACCCAAAGGCUCUUUUAAGAGCCACUCCCAGCAUCUGUGAAAGGGGCUAAACUUUUUCUCGAUUGAUUCUUUUCCUUUUAACGUGGAGAGCG